CAUAAGCUUGAGCAUCGAGAUUUGUCAUAAAUAUAAUUGCAUCAGUCCCUGCCCAUUGUUUUGAGAGGUUAUAAGGCCUGUCUUCUCGCUAUCAAGCUAUCCACAGCAGAAAGAACACGAGCUUUGGCGGAAAACAAGACAUAGAGCCUAUGACCACCGAAACCAAGGUGCUGAAAAGAGAGACACGCCAUUGCUGAGUGGCGUCGUCCAACUUCCACCAAUAACUCACAUUCAUCCAAGGCUAAUACUCGCAGCGCUCCAAAUAGUCGAUCUACAUAAAACCUAAUGGCUUCUCGGAAGGGACGCGCGGUUUCCUUGAAGGGCAUCUCGCGUACGGUGAUAAUUCCUCCAAAGGUGACCACGCAAGCGGACAGAAUACCCGACGAUCUACCUGAUUUCAUUCCCGGCGUGCCACUUAUACUGAAAGAUACCCUCGACUUCCCAAACUGGGACUUUCAGGUCAGACAGAUACUUGAGAACGUCGGAUUGCAGGACCUCGUCGACUCUGACAUUCCACACCCGAAACAUGACCACAAGUCUUACACCAAAUGGCGUGAAUGCUCGAAAGCCUUGCAGUCGUGGCUGACUGGACAAAUAUCCGAUGAACUCCUGUUGAGGUUUAGAUUGACUGUUGACAAGAAAGGCUUUGCCGAUGAAGCAUACAAAGUGAUAAAGAUGAUCAUACUAGAGCACGGCAUUGUGAGGUGUGAGAACGUUGUGUACGAUUUAGUUAAGAAGAAACGUGCCGAUUAUUCAACUACGAGCCAGUAUGUUGAAGAUUUCAAAAGCAAUUACGUACUCGCCAAAAAACUCCAGUGCGGCCUACCUCCGUUUACCGCGUCGCUCUUGAUGCUGAAGGAGAUCCGUUCUGACUUUCCUGCCUGGGUAGCAAGUGUGGAAUAUGUAAUGCCUGUCUACGUGGCAAGCACCUAUACAGAAGAUGAUUUUUUCACUCUUUGCCGAGUCGCGAUCGAGCUCUGGAGAGACUAUGACCUCAACAACAUCUCUUUCAGAUGUUCCCUUGCUUAG